AUGGUCCCGCAGAUUCGUAUCACCUUAUUCCUGUGUUCGGGGAACCGGUACGCGUUUUUAAGACAAUUUCCACUAAAAUGUCUUGGCCAAGGAUACCUGUCAAUCCACGAUUGUGGGGUGGCUGUGGAGCAAGAACAGCCCGAUAUUUCGGAUAAGGAAUUUGACAUAUUCAAGAACCCACCCACAACAACGGUCGUUCUGAAACACUGCUGA